UUAUCAUCCAAGUUAUAAUAUAUCUUCGCUCUGCCUCGACUUAGGGAUUUUGUAUUUUUACGGAUGGAGCCGUAUCCUCUUUCGAAGCUGAAUCCUGAUACCAGCGAGUGGCGUAUUCGCGCAAAGGUUCUUGCUAUUUGGCAAGAGUACUACGAUCAUUAUUCGACGGUUGACGUCGUGUUGGUCGAUGAUAAGGGUGGGAAAAUCCACGGUAUCAUACCUAUGGAGCUUAUGCCACAGUUUUCGUCGAGAAUCGUGGAGAACCGAUGGAUAGUGAUAACAGAUUUUAUUUUGAGACCUGUCGUGGAUGCGUUGAAGCCUGUUGCUCAUAGAUUUGAGCUGGUAUUUCAUAAAAAAACAUUAUGCGAUACUCUGCAGGAGAGAUCGGGUGAUGGUUUCUAUGAUUUCGUGGAUUUUGGGAUAAUCCUAAAUGGGUCGCAUGAUACGUCCAUUUGUGUUGAUAUCAUCGGAAAGGCCAUUAACGUUAGUAAAAUAACCUCUUUUGGUUGUCACGUGUAUGAGGAUCAGGUGGAACAUAUAGUCUUUGAUCUCCAGGAUACAAGUGAGAGAGUUUUGAGAUGUGUUUUAAGCAUUACAGAUGCUUUACCUCUUUAUCGUUUGUGGAUGACUGAUCCAUCCGAUGUUAUCAUAUGUGUACUGCGAUUUGUCCGUGUCGAGUUUAGGGAAGGGGUGCGCUGUUCGAAACUGCUGUUGAAUCCUUCGAUACCGGGUGUAAAAAAAAUGAAAUCAUUCUUCUCGAUCAAGCACGGUCCGGUUGCGAAGAAACAGAAGAUUAAAGACUGAACGUGACCAUAGAUCUAUAUUUUAGUUUAUCUCCUUAUAGAUGUUUUUACGUUAUGUUAUCGUCUCGGUCUAUCGGUCAUACACAUUAUUUUAUUUUGGAUAUUUAUCUUUAACGUUAUCAAAAUAAAACAGAUUUAAUUUA